CUCCAAAGUGAACAUGGUGAAUGCCUUCCAUAAAAUAAUUCAUUCACCGUGACGUCAUGAUGCAUAUUCAUGAGUUACCGGUCUUCGUAAAAAUGGCGUCGUGGUUGGCGAGAACAGCACCUCUUCUCACACGAAUUUCGACAUCACCAGCGCUGGCACGUCCAGCCAGUGUGACUGUCUGUCGUAGACAUCGUUCCUCACAAGCUGCAUAUCAGCAAACUCUUGUCAACGUACCAGAAACCAAGACUUCAACAUUGAGCAAUGGAUUCCGUAUCGCCUCUGAAGAUUCAGGGAUUCCUACAUGCACUGUUGGAUUAUGGAUUGAUGCAGGGAGCAGAUAUGAAAAUGAGAAAAACAACGGAACAGCACACUUCCUGGAGCACAUGGCAUUUAAGGGAACAAAGAAUCGUUCACAGAUGGAGCUAGAGUUGGAGAUCGAGAACAUGGGAGCUCAUCUCAAUGCCUAUACAUCCAGAGAGCAGACUGUGUACUAUGCCAAGAGCUUCUCAAAUGAUCUACCCAAAGCUGUUGAGAUUUUGUCCGACAUUGUCCAGAAUAGCACCCUUGGAGAGGCAGAGAUUGAGAGGGAACGAGGGGUGAUCCUAAGAGAGAUGCAGGAGGUGGAGACCAACCUCCAAGAAGUUAUCUUUGAUCAUCUUCACGCUACGGCGUACCAAGGCACGGCUCUGGGCAGGACCAUCCUAGGACCUACUGAGAACAUCAAAUCAAUCAACCGUAACGACCUCGUUGAGUACAUCUCGACCCAUUACAAGGGACCCCGAAUCGUCUUGGCCGCAGCUGGUGGUAUUGAUCAUGACCAACUGGUUGGUUUGGCCGAGAAGCAUUUUGGCAAACUGGGUACUGACUACGAGAAUGAAAUCCCAGUCUUACCACCGUGUCGAUUCACCGGCAGUGAUAUCCGUGUUCGAGAUGAUGGUAUGCCCUUGGCUCAUAUUGCCAUUGCUGUAGAAGGUGUAGGUUGGGCUCACCCAGAUAACAUCCCCCUUAUGGUCGCCAAUACGUUGAUUGGAAGCUGGGAUCGUUCUUUCGGUGGUGGUGCUAAUGUAGCCAGCAGACUAGCGCAGGCUUCAUAUGAGGGUAAUUUGUGUCACUCCUUCCAGUCCUUUAACACUUGCUACACAGACACCGGACUCUGGGGUCUCUACAUGGUAUGCGAUGGUCUGUCCAUUGAGGAUAUGCUAUACCAUGCCCAGUCAGAAUGGAUGUACCUGUGUACCAGCGUGACUGAAAGUGAAGUUACCCGCGCUAAGAAUCUACUCAAGACUAACAUGUUGCUACAACUAGAUGGUUCUACCCCGAUCUGUGAGGAUGUUGGGCGUCAGGCCUUGUGCUAUAAUCGUCGUAUCCCAUUACCAGAGUUGGACGCUCGCAUCGACGCAGUCAAUGCCAAGGUCAUCAGAGAUGUCUGCUCCCGUCAUAUCUACGAUAAGUGCCCAGCAGUGGCAGGAAUCGGUCCAAUUGAGCAGCUUCCGGACUACAACAGAAUCAGAGGAAGCAUGUACUGGAUGAGAUUGUAACGACACAGAUACGAUAAUCUAAUGCACUCAAUCGUAAUAUCCUUAUUAGGCCCAUGUCGCUCGAGGCAAUUUACAGGCAACCAGUUCCAGGCAAUAUCCAAGAAGGAAAUUCACUCACAUUUUGGUUUUCUGAGUAUUUUCCAUUGGGAUAGUGAGAUACAGCUGGAGAUACAGUCUAUUGUGUGGCAGAAGAGUUCCUGUAUGUCCAGUGCGGUGGGUUGCCUACAAUUGCCUGAAAAAAAUGCUCUGUCGGACAUGGCCUUUUGCCCCAUGUCACAUGGGGCAAUUUACAGGCAACCAGUUCCAGGCAAUCUCCACGAGGUAAAGGCAUGCACAUCUGAAUGUCCACAUAGAUUUUGUUUGAGAAGUUACUCAUGUGUUACCGAAGUGGUCCUGUAGCAUUCACUGCAGUUGGUUGCCUCCAAGUUGUCUGUAAAAGUUACCUCAUGUGACAAGGCCCUGAUUCGUGUGCAGAACAGGGCCGCUGUUUAGGGCCAAGUUUCAUAGAGUCGCUUAAGCAGAAAAUACUGCUUAGCAAGUAUCUGCUAUUAGCUAAAAUGAGCAAGAUACAAAGUGUACAUGUGGUGACAUGAUAGUUUGUCUGGUAACCUUAUUCUUGCGAGUAAAUUUUGUUGUGUUAAAAGCUACUUUUUGUGCUUAAGCAGCUCUAUGAAACGGGCCCCAGAAUACUGUCCAGUUUAGUUGUGUUCUUGGUUUGCUCAAUAAUUUGUGGAAAAGAUUUUUAUUUAUAAAGAAAUUAUAAAAGACUCGCCUACAAAGGAAAGAAUGUCAGGUCUACAUAAUCUUUUUUGUGGGACAAUAUUACUUCAUUGUUUUUUGAUGUGAUUUGAGUAAACUUGACUACGACCAGAUCGAAAACUGAUAGUAAUUCUACCCGGACGUUCAGAUAUGAUUUUGUUUUAAAUUUUAGAUUAUUGCAACUGCCGAUGUCCCUUUGAAAACUCUGAAAGUGGUCAGACAUUGAAAUUAUAUCAAAUUGAAUUGCUGGGAGGAGUAACUGUUAAUAACAAUAUUUUUGCCUUUGAAUGUCUUAUUUGCACACUACUAGUACAAAGUGCACGGCAACACCUUCAUAUAUUGUCGCAUCAGUUCAACAGCAUCAUAUUUCAAUUGUGCAAUGAUGUAUCUCGCACUAAAUGCUGAAAAUGCUCUGUGCAAAAACAUUGUAUCUCAGCGCCUGUUGGUUUUGUGUGUACAUGCCGGUUAAUAGAUGAGAUAUAAUAUUUCAACACUUUCAAACUAGUGUGUAAUUUGAAAGGAAUUUAAGGAGAUUUAGCCUGGUUGCUCUGACACUGUGCGUUCAAGCCUUCUUAUGAAACUUGAAACUCUUAGUAAUGUAUUGAAUUUUAAAAAGCUAUGUAUGAAAGUUCAGACUCCUUAAAAAUAUUGAAUAAAUACCUUUUUCAAUGUGAAGUUAAA